UCUCUGUGUCUUAGGGAAGCUUGGGGUUCAGCUCCUUUUACUUCAAGAGAGCCUGAACUCAAUUAAUGCAAUUUUUGAAGCAUGGCCUGAAUGAUUCGGUCAUUAUCAAGUCAAACUACAAACAGUGAAAGGUUGCUAUCAUUGCCAAAUAGGAAAAAUCUGAAGACACAAAAGCUACACACGAGGAACAUGUCAUCUAGCAUCCUCACUUUUUGAUCCCUACAGAAGAAUGAGAAGUCACACUGUAACAAUGACGACUGCUUCGGUCAGCAGCUGGCCUUGCUCCUCCCAGGGAGUGUACUUUAUUACUAAUCACAGCAUCCAACUGCCACACAACUUCUCAGGAACAUCAAAUUCUACUGCCUGUUCCAUGGAUGAAAAAUUACUUUCUAGUGUGUUAAUAACAUUCUACUCUGUUAUUUUCAUCAUGGGACUGGUUGGAAAUAUAAUUGCCCUCUAUGUAUUUCUGGGUAUCCACCGCAAAAGAAAUUCUAUUCAGAUUUACCUACUUAAUGUAGCCAUUGCAGACCUCUUACUUAUCUUCUGCCUUCCUUUCCGAAUAAUGUAUCACAUUAACCAAAACAAGUGGACGCUAGGUGUGGUUCUUUGCAAGGUUGUGGGAACACUAUUUUAUAUGAACAUGUACAUUAGCAUUAUUUUGCUUGGAUUCAUCAGUUUGGAUCGCUACAUAAAAAUUAAUCGGUCUAUACAACAACGGAAGGCAAUAACAACUAAACAAAGUAUUUAUGUUUGCUGUAUAGUAUGGAUAGUUGCUCUUGCUGGAUUUUUAACUAUGAUUAUUUCAACCCUUAAGAAAGGAGGUCAUAAUUCCACAGUGUGUUUCCAUUAUAGAGAUAAGCACAAUGCAAAAGGAGAAGCAAUUUUUAACUUCAUUCUUGUGGUAAUGUUCUGGCUAAUUUUCCUAUUAAUAAUCCUUUCAUAUAUUAAGAUUGGCAAGAAUCUAUUGAGGAUUUCUAAAAGGAGGUCAAAAUUUCCUAAUUCUGGUAAAUAUGCUACUACAGCCCGGAAUUCCUUUAUUGUAUUAAUCAUUUUUACUAUAUGUUUUGUUCCCUAUCAUGCCUUCCGAUUUGUCUAUAUUUCUUCACAGCUAAAUGUGUCGUCUUGCUAUUGGAAGGAAAUUGUUCACAAUACCAAUGAGAUCAUGCUGGUUUUCUCAUCUUUCAAUAGCUGCUUAGAUCCAGUCAUGUAUUUCCUAAUGUCCAGUAACAUCCGCAAAAUAAUGUGCCAGCUUCUUUCUAGACGAUUUCAAGGGGAAGCGAGCAGGAGUGAAAGCACUUCAGAAUUUAAACCAGGAUACUCCCUGCAUGAUACAUCUGCUGCAACUAAAAUUCAGGCUACUUCUUAAAGCAUUUGAGGUAAAUAUAUUAAAAAGAAUGAUAAAAUACAGCCUCUUAAUUCCUUGGAGAACUAAAAAUUAUGAAACAAAGUUCUAGCACUUACAAAGCUCAGAUCUUCUCAAAGCUCUUUUCUUAUUUGUCAUAUUUCUUUUGCUUAAUUGUAAAAUAUUUCAAGGGAAAAAAAGCUUAGACUCAUCACUAGAUUUUAAAUCUGUAUGUAAAAUCUUUUCAAAAUAUAUUGUUAAGCUAACAACUUUGACAUAGAUUAUAAAGUUAAGUGAAAUUUAUGGCUUUAACGACAGAAUAAUUAAAGAAAAUGUCAUAGUUUCUCAAGUCACUAAAGUAGUUAUUCAAAAUCAAGUUAUUUAAAAUCGAGAAUACUAAUUUCAAGUGUGUUUAAAAGUAAGUUAAAUGAUUUGAGGACGACUUAAAAUGUUAGAAAAUAUAUGUUCGUUGUCAUUUAAAAAGCCUGUAUGAUUUGCCACUGUAUUCAUUUACGCCUAAACCUCUAUAACAGAUGGAACGACAAUAAAAUUCUAAUAAAAAAUGAAA